UCAUGAUUUGAAUAAAGAAAUACUCAGAGAUGCAGUUUUAAUCUGACAUUACUUUAUACAUGUUCUCCAUCAUGAGAAAAAUGCAACAAAAACAUGUUAAAAACAAUAAAAACGAUGUUUUUAAUUGGAGUCUUUCAAUGUCUUUCAACAGCUGUGGUUCAUCUGUAAGCAACUUCACCCGUUGGCUCUGGUUCUGGUUCAGAGGCCACGUCCUGUAUGUGGCAGAAGAAACUUCUUCAAUGAACAAAAAUAAAAAUCCUCUUUUUUUUAGGUUGUUCCAUCACGUUUUCUCUUUAUCACUCAUCACCAUGUUUUUACAAAAAGUAUAAAAUGUACCCAUUUAAAAAUAAAAGAUUUUUUUACACGUUUCGAACAACGUGAGCCUGACUGCAUGGUUUCCUCCAUCAAAAAGUGCCUUUGUAGAGGGCUGUCUUAAAGGUUAAAGAAUACCAAAGAGAUAAAAUAAAAGAUGGCGGAAUAUUCAGCACUGAGAUCUGACAUUUACUUUGUUCUGUUCAGGCAUUUCUGUUUCCUGAAGCUGAAGAUCAACCAGUAACUCAGAAAAAACUGCACUUCCUGUGGGGAUCGAUAUGUACUCGUGUAGGUAUCUAUGAGUAUUUGUGUGUGUGAGGGAAUGUGUGUCUUGUGUGUAUUUGUGUGUCUGAAAGUAGAGAGGGAAGUCUUCUUUCUCUUCCUUUGCGUCUCAUUGCAGAAGCAUCUUCAUGAGCGUGAUGAUCUUCAGAGUCAUGGCGGUUUCCGUGUUUCUCCUCGUCUUCUUCGUGUUUGGUGUUAAAGCAGAACAAGGAGGAGUCAGUUUCUGGAGAAACGAUGUCACACUGACUUGUCCAGAAAAUGGGACUUGGUUUCAGCUUAGCACUCAACUUCAUAUGGGCAAAACCUAUGUUUUCAAAUAUGAACGUCCGAUCAAUGUGUAUUGUGUCUACGAGACGUUUGAUCAAUUUGAGUCGGAAAUUACCAAGAAAACUUUCUUCUACGUUAAAGGACGAGUCUGUGAGACGUGCUAUGAGGUUGAUGGAGUUUAUCUGGGAGGAGCCAUCUUUGCAGAUGUGAUAAUGACCACCACUUUGAUGGCGUUCAUCUAUAACUUUGCCAAGAAGGGCUCAGCAGCAUCUCCAUCAGGAGGCCGGGCUUCAGAUAUCCAAUCUUCGGAUUAUCAGGAAUUGAACCCUCGCAGCGUCUCUCAGGCAACUUACUCUGCAGUGAGUCGGAGGAAAUAAAGGCAGCACCCAACAUUGACAGCAGAGAGAGCUUUUUCUUGCACUGCUGCCAAUUUUUUGCUGUUGUGCUUCUUCUAAGAUUUAACCAAACUCCAUGAAUUUUUUUUUUGCUUCUGCUUGAAGGAUUUCCUUUGUCCUAAAAAACAUGUUCUUCACAAUUUUGUUCUGUCAGGGUUAAAAGUCAGCUUUUGGAAAAUCCAAUAAAGUAAAAUAAAAGUCAAACCAACAGUGUUGUCAGGAUUCUUCUCAGUAACUGAAUCAUUUCAUAAUUAGAACAUUUAGAGACGUCAAUAGAAAACACACGGACCAGUCAUUUUAAUUUGCUUGCAUCUCUGAUAUAUUUCAUGUUUUAAGUUUUUGCUCCAGCAUUUUUCUCUCUUCGGUUUAAUAAACUUCAUUCCAGUCGCCUUUGCUUUCCUGUCUUGCUUAGAGCCUCAGCAGCAGAUCUUUUGCAGCAGAGCUGUGUGGUUCGUUCGAGAGCUAAAAACUAAUAAGUUUGUCGUCAGUUUUCAUGUCCCGCCGCAAACACCUCCUCUGAAACAUUUCCCCCCAUGUGGACGUCAUGAACAAACGGUUUCGACCCACAAGGCCGCGUUUCCGUGUUCUUUUUAGCAGUGAGACAACAACGAUGUUAGGAUUAAUCCUUGUUCUAUCUGCACGUUCUGC